ACUCCUCCACUCCCAUUUCGCACGCCUCGUGCCCACGUUCGUCGAGGGAGACGGGGGGGCAGCGCUCCGCUGAUCGGGGCUGGAUGGGGGCGUCGGGGAAGUGGAUCAGGACGCUGGUGGGGCUGAGGCCGGCGGCGGAGAGGGCGAGGGCCGGCGCGGGGAAGGGGCGGAGGUGGAGCAGGCUGUGGCGGAGCUCGUCGUCGCAGAGGAGCACCGGGAACGCGUCGGCGUCGGAGGUGCCCUCCGAGACGUCGUCCUCCGCCGACGCGCUCAGCUCCGUCGUCGCGGCCGUCGUCCGCGCGCCGCCCAGGGACUUCCGCCUCAUCAGGCAGGAGUGGGCCGCCGUCCGCAUCCAGACCGCCUUCCGCGCCUUCCUGGCGAGGCGCGCGUUGAGGGCGCUGCGAGGGAUCGUACGGCUGCAAGCGCUGGUGCGCGGCCGCCGCGUGCGCAAGCAGCUGGCUGUCACGCUCAAGUGCAUGCAGGCGCUCGUCCGGGUGCAGGCUCGCGCACGGGAUCGUCGAGCCAGGAUCUCCGCGGACGGCCUCGACGCGCAGGACAUGCUUGACGAGCGCAGCAGCGGUCGCGUUGAUCCUGUCAAGGAAGCCGAGGCAGGGUGGUGUGAUAGUCAAGGCACUGCUGACGAUGUAAGAUCAAAGAUACACAUGAGGCAUGAGGGUGCAAUCAAGAGAGAAAGGGCACUUUCUUAUGCUCUUUCCCACCAGAGGUGUUCAAACCACGGUGGGAGGCCUAGCUCUCCCGCUGUAUCUCUCAGGCACCAUGGCAAUGGGGCUAACAGGAGCAACAAUAGUUGGAGCUAUUUGGAAGGGUGGAUGGCCACAAAACCUUGGGAGAGCCGACUGAUGGAGCAAACCAAUACUGAAAACUCCACCAAUUCGCGAUGUUCAGAGAGCGUCGAGGAAAUUAACCUGGCUGGUCCGAAACUUUCGGAUGCAAGCUCAGUCAAGAUCAGAAGGAACAAUGUUACAACAAGGGUGGUAGCAAAGCCUCCCUCCAUGAUCUCGGCUACCUCUUCUGAUUUCGUGUACGACGAGAGCUCGCCAUCUACAUCUUCUGUUACUCCAAUGUCUGGCACCAAUACCUUAGCAACAGAGAGAAGAUCUGAUUGUGGUCAGGUUGGUGGUCCGAACUACAUGAGCAUGACCAAAUCGGCCAAAGCAAGGCAGGGUGGUUAUGGCUCUCAGAAGCCACCCCUUCAAAGGCAAAAGUCUGGUGAUCUCCUCCAUCACAGCAGGACGGCAUUCUCUUCGAUAGAUGUUCAAAGCACUGCUGGCUCGGAGGUCUCGGUUACUUCAAAGAGGUUAAACAGUCUGACCCUGAAAAGUCGAGUCGCAAGAAGUUUAGACAAGGAGAAUGAGAGACAACAAAGUUCCUUGCUUUAGGAUACGCGCCCUAAUUAAUUAGGCCCUUAAGAUAUAAUUAGUACCUUGAGAUAUUUUAGCGAAGUAUUUGGUGCUUACCUGUACGUAUCUGCUGAUUUCAAUGCCUCAUUGCUUAUUUUUAUAUUUAUAUUAGUGGUGUACAAAUGUGAAACUAGCCAAAUGUUGACUGUUAUGUCUAUCUUCCGCAUUGUAAAAUCUUGGGCUUAUAAACCUCUAAAGCAUUAUGCAUGAUGGUGAUAGAUUAUUCCGAAUU